ACCAAGGAGGAAGAGGAGGAAGAAGAAGAGGAAGAAGAAGAGGAGGAGGAAGAGGAAGAAGAAGAGGAAGAACCUACAGAGGUCCCCAAUAACCAAACAGAGACCCAGAGCAGUUUGGGACAGACUCAGCAGCCAACAGAGUGUGUUGUUGCUGAUGGAGAGAUCAACUGCAGAGGCCUGGGCCUAACUCAGCUGCCAAACAUCAACAACCUGGACAUCACCAAAAUGGACAUGACAGGCAACAGACUCAAAAGCAUAUUUCCAAAAGAUUUCUCUGGCCUGACAAACCUGGACACACUGGACCUGAGCAAAAAUGAACUAGUGGAUGAGGCAUUGAGUCAACGCCCCCUUUCUAAUUUGACCCUUCUAAAGAUGUUAAACCUGGAUGAUAACCUGCUCACCACAAUACCAGAACUACCAGCGUCUUUGGAGAUGUUGUCUAUAAACACCAACAGACUCAGUACAAUCACCCCUCACAGUUUUAAAGGUCUGACUAACCUUGUGAGUCUGGAGAUAGAGGAGAACUUGCUUCAUGAGGGCACAGUCUCACCUCAGGCUUUUAAACCUUUGGAAAACCUUCUUCAUCUUCAGCUUGACAAUAACCGCUUUAGAUCCUUCCCCCUGGGCCUCCCUCCCACUCUGCAGGAGUUGGAGAUCAGUCAAAAUCUCAUUGAGGAGAUAAGAGAAGAGGCACUAAGAGGCUGUAUCCAUCUGAGAAUAAUGGACAUGAGCCACAACCUGCUGAAUCAGAGAGGCAUUAGUGCCAACACUUGGAGACAAGCACGUUCCCUUGAGACCCUGGACUUGUCGUUUAACCAGUUCACUUCUGUACCCACCGGUCUGCCCCGUUCACUGCUUAAACUGAAACUACACCACAACAACAUCACCAGUGUCCCUCGCUUCACCUUCAGACACAUGCGUCCCGGGCUGGCUUCACUGCGACUGUCCCAUAAUGCUUUAGGAAACCAAGGGGUGGAGCGUCACUCGUUUGUGGGCACAUACCGGUCCCUCAGUGAGCUGCUAUUGGACAACAACAGUCUGAAGGAGAUACCCCGAUGUGUGAGGCAGUUCAAGAACCUGCAAGUUCUCAGGCUGAAUAACAACCAGAUCAGGCUGGUGAACAAGUGGGGAGUGUGCCAUCCUCGAAACUCAGGAACCACCUUGGCCUCUGUUCACAUAGAAAACAAUCAGAUUGACGUGGAUAAAAUCCCUCGAAACGCUUUUAGCUGCCUCACUGAUGCCAAGGGACUGGUCUUGAUUCCACAAAUGGGAUAUAAUGGGGAACAAAACAUAGUGUAA